UCACCGGCCUCUCUGGCAAUAGGCUGCGAGCUGAGCUCUCUGAAGCGGCGGCGGCGGCGGCAACGCGGUCGGUCUCUGGGCCCUUCACUCCGCGCCUUCUGCAGCCGCCACUGCAGCCGCGCGGCGGGGGCUCUCUGCCUGCAGCCAGCUGGCCGCCCCAGCCUGGUGCCUCGGUGAAGGAAAAGGCGCGCGGAGACGCGUUCCAGGCGGGGCCGGAGAGGAUCUCCCAGGCGUCGCUCGCUCCCUGGCCGGCUUGCUCGUCCGCAGUUGUUCCUUUAGUUCUGCGCUCGCACACACGCCCCGGCAAGGCCCAGGGAGUAGUUUUGGGUGCUGUGGGGUCCCUCCUCUUCUUGGCUGGUGGGAACGGUGUGCCUCAGAGGGGAAGCCUGGUGGUCCCGGCCCCUCCCAGCCCAGCGCCGAUGAGUGCCAGGGCGCCCAAGGAGCUGAGGCUGGCGCUGCCGCCGUGUCUCCUCAACCGGACCUUUGCUUCCCCCAACGCCAGCGGCAGCGGCAACCCGAGUGUCCGUAGCCCGGGCGCAGGCGGCGGUGGCGGCACCUGCAUCACGCAGGUGGGACAGCAGAUCUUCCAGUCUUUCUCCUCCACGCUGGUGCUGAUUGUCCUGGUCACCCUCAUCUUCUGCCUCAUCGUGCUGUCCCUCUCCACCUUCCACAUCCACAAGCGUAGGAUGAAGAAGAGGAAGAUGCAGAGGGCUCAGGAGGAAUACGAGCGGGAUCACUGCAGCGGCAGCCACGGCGGCCGGGGGCUGCCCCGGGCGGGCGGCCAGGCCCCAACCUACGGAAAAGAAACCCGGUUAGAAAGGCAGCCCCGGGACUCUGCCUUCUGCGCCCCCUCCAAUGCCUCCUUCUCCUCUUCGUCCCCCGGCCUCCCGUGCCCAGGCCCCUGUUCUCCUCCGCCUCCACCUCCCGCCCCUAGUCCGCAAGGAGCGCAUGCAGCCUCCUCCUGUUUGGACGCAGCUGGCGAGGGCCUUUUGCAAACAGUGGUACUGUCCUGAUUGUCCAAUCUCUCUCUGAUCCCUUUUCUCCUUUCCAAUUCCUUUGCCGUCUUUUGCUUUUUUCCCCCCUUCUUCUUUUGCCUUCCUCUUCUACUUUCCUUUGCCCCUAUUCUUCUUCCUUCUUUUAAUCUCUGACCGCCCUUAAAACUGUUUCUCCUCCGCCGAGGCACUGUGCGGUAUUUGUAAAUAUUGGGGAGGAAUGUCUCGGAAGAAGAAAUAAUGCUGAUAAUAAUACUUUACUAAUAUUUACAGUAAUUAUUAUAAUACUAACACAAUCCAACCGCAUGACAAAUCACAUAAUUUCUCAUUGUCAAUGAAAGAUGUGUCUUUCCUCCCCACCCCAGGAUCCCUUCCCACAACCCAAUAAAGAGGAGAAACCACACAAGCUACCAGAUACUUAGAAGGCAUUCACCACCCAGGAACAAAGGCAGUGGAAGGGCUUGGUGGUGUUGUACAUAGCUGUCAAGUUAAGGUUCCAUUAUCUUUUUACCCUUAGCCCCCUUCCCCCCUAGGCUUUCACUCUUCCUUCAGCUCCUUCUCCUUCCCAUUCCCAUCUCUAGCCGGACUCAGGCAGUAGUAUAUUCUAAAGAAAAUGUCUGCAUUUAACAAACAGGACUACAAGAGGCCACAGAGACAGCUCUAUAAAUAUAAAGAGUGAAACAAAUAUAAAUAGACUAGCUUAAGGAUAGAUAUUUCAAUCAGUGAAGGGACCCAGAAAAGGAGGCAACAUUUAUGACAGGUUCCCCUCUCUAGUCAGCCGCUCCUUCUUUUCGUUAACUAUUUUCUUUGUCAGGACAGGGCAUUUUAAUUUACUUUUGGAAAUAUCCCUCGCUGGUCGAGAAUAAUUACAUUAAAAUCAUUACAGGAAUUUAAAAUAAAACUAAUCUGCUUUUGCUUUUUGCCCCACCCCUACCUGUAGACCUUUAACAUUUUCAGGAUUCACAGAGGGCCUGGGAGUUGUCAGCCAAGUCUGGUGCUGAACUGACUUCACCAUACUGGUUAUUCCCUCUGGUUGUGUAGGUGAAGGAGGGGCUGUUUGGAAAGUGACUAUUCUAGCUUUUGGUUGGUUUCUUUCUUCUUUUUCUACAAUUGGGUUUGCGUGUACCAUUGAUUUUCUUAUUAUUAGACAUCUCGUAAGUUAUCUUUUUUGUAAAAAACAAAUAUAUAUAUAAAUAUAUAUAUUAGGUGAUGUGCAGUACUGAAAGUACAGUAUCUAACCAACCAGAAUGUUUCUGUUUUACUUUUAGAAGAUGUGUACCUUUGUUACAUACUUACUCUAUUGGUACCAAAUACUGAAUCAAACUACAGUUCUGUACCACGUCCUUCAAACUGUAUAUCCUUGUUCUUAAUUUCCAGCUGUUGUUAUAAUGGUUACCUCUGGUUGAGGAAUUUAGUGGUGCAGACCUGGCUUCUGCUGUUUCCAGAAGUGUUCUUUUGUACUAUAGUAUGUAGUAGACUGUUAUGAAAAGGUGACAUAUGUUUUCUUUCUUUCUCUUGCAAAUAACAGAACCCACCACAACAGAAAACAGACAAAUAAUGGGUGUGCAGGAAUGCCAUCUAUUAAAGUAUGGUUAAUAUAUAAACAGUGCCUGUAGUCCUCCCUGCAUGCAGUUACCACCUGGAGGCAGUGAUGUGUGUGCCUGCUUGUACUGUGUUUGGGGGUGAGACUGGUGGGGAUGCUGGGCAAUUUGGAUGACAGGACAUGCAAAUUUCAAGAGAAGUUAAAUCCAGUAACUACUUGUAGGAGAAAAUGUUUGCAGCUUGUUUACUUUGAAAUAGGUGUCUGCCUCUGUGAUGCAUCAAAGGAGGGGCUCUCUUUCUCUUUCUGAGUCUGGCUUAGCUAACUUCACUCAAUACAUUUUAAAAGAUUGAGGAAAAAAAAAGGAGAAGAGCAUAAAUAUUUUGUUCUUUUUCCCCAUACCAGACAAGAACAUCUGUGUUAGAAAUGAAGACCACCUAUAGAUAUUUACCACUUUGUUUCUCUUGCAUUGAUGAUUCAAGGGGCCAGAAGCAUAUUCUAAUCUUAAUUAUAUGAAGUGGAAGCCCUUCUUGGAAACCUAUUCUUAGAUAGAUAUAUAAAAGUCUGGAAAAUGUAUGGAUGGGAAUUGUCUACAAAAAGCUCAACCAAAAGACUUCUCACUAACCUGCAGGGUGUAGUGCAACAGUGCCCCUAGGUGCAUCCCUCUCCCAAGGAACUAAUUGUUCUAGACUCUCUGUCUUGGUUCCAGGAAUAUGUGCUCUUAUCCAGAGCAAAUAUUACAUCUGAGGUUUUAGGUUAUCUACUAAAUUGCCCAAGGUCAGUCUGAAUCUUUUAUAAAAAUAAUUUAAUAAGAUUAAUUUUAAUCACCCAUUUGAUUUUCACCCAGAUACUUUCCUGAAGCACAGAGGAUCAUCAUUUAAGCAUGCCAUGUUGUAAUACUAGGAAGACCAGGUAUAAUCUUUGGGUAUAAUAUAUUAAACAGUAAACCAGAUUCUCUCUAGUGCCUUAGUCACUUCCUAGUAAUAAGUAAAAGAGUGCAUUAACUCCCUCAGGCCACUAGGGAAUCCUUUAGUGCAUUGGAGCUCUACAUUGUACAUCAGAAUGACUAAGGCACUGUGAAAAAAGAAGUCCAUUAAUUUCUGUAGCUUAUCCUCAUCCAGCUGUAGCUCUUUACUAUCUUAUUACACAAUGACUUUUGGACUUGAAAUUUAGAAUCAGGGACCCAGAAGGGAGCUUCCACAUUUCCAGUGAGCUCCACUAAGACCAUGAAUAUUACUUUCUUCCAUUUAUUUGGUGCACUUUUUACAGUGAAUAAUUUCCCACUUUAUUAAAGCAAUAAGAUGUUCUGUUGUGAGCAGUGCUGGAUGAUGACUCCAUUUCUUUGGUGCUGAAGCUACUCAUAUGUUCUUGCCUUAUGAAUCAUAGUUCAUUCAAGGCAUGCAAUAAUAAUUCCCUUCCAAGGAGCAGCCUGUAAACUCCAGGGAAGGGGGUAAUUAUGAAAUUGUCCUGUGUCAUUUUUCCUAAAGGAAUAGAGAGAGCAGGAGAAAUAAAAGCAUGUAUGCAUAUUGUAAAACAAGAUCUUGGUACCUCUAAACAUGGGCACACAUCUGUAAUAUGCUUGUAUUGUGCACCUUAAAAUUUGUAUGCCUCUCUCCAUUAAUUGACAGUUGUUUGAUAUUUUUAAUAGGGCUCUGUGUAAAGAUGAUGUAGUUCAUGAGUAAAAUUUCAUGCUGAGUUUAAUUUACUCAGAAUAUUAAGCUUCUGGUUGUAUCAUUUGGUAUUUUUUAUGAGAUAGAAAGGGAAUGACAGAAAUUCAAGGUAAUGCCAGUCCCCACACCAAAUUACUGCAAUAAGCACAUAUCCAAGUAAUUUGCACAAACCCUGUUUAAAGCCCUGCUUCUUAAGAGCCAAGUGGAUGGUCUCAGGAGUUUGGGAUGCUACCAACAGGGCAUUUUGGUUUUCAUUUAUAAGAAACAAAAGGCAAUCUGGAAAUAGCUAAAUUUAUUUUAAGGAUUUUACUCACUGAUGUCCCGUCAAACUAAUUGCUUCACACUCCUGUAGCUACAGCUCAACUUCUGCACUUGCUCAGUAUUAAUAAGAUGGCAUGCUUGAUUCUUGUUGUUCUUCAAAAUAAGAAAAUUGGAGAGAGAGAGAAUGCCAUUGUGUCAGCUGUAUGGGACUCUGAAUCCUAGAGAUGUAGAUGGAUAAAAUCUUCUUUAGAAUUUAUAUACACCCAUAGAUAUGUAUUUAUAUAUGCACACAUUUUGUACAAAUUUACAAUGGACUUUUUAUAUUCUCUUUUCUGCCAUUGCAAGAAUGAGAUGGAAACCAAAUAUCCUCCAGAGAGGAUACUGAGAAGUCAGGUAUAUGCAUGUACUUAUUCUCUGGGGUCAAAUCUGAAUGACUUUCUCUUUAUUUAAAAGGAGAGAGUCCUGGUUGGCUUAGGGAAUUGGUAUUAGAUACUCUUCCUUUCCUAGGUUAGUGACUCAAACAUAGCAAUGAUAAUGAUGUUAUGAUCAUCUCUCUGUGAUCCAAAUGUCUAGAAGGAAAGCAAAAAUACCCAGAAGUUUAGAGCCAUCUAGACUACAAACUUGGAUUGUGGCUAGAUUUUUCAUUUUCAACCUAUUUGUUGUAUGGAGACAUAAUUUAUAUCUUCACAGCUAAAAGUAAAGUGGAAAUAUGACCAUAAUCUGUUUAGCUGGAUGAGUAGUUUUUAGAAAAUAUGGAUAAACUAGGGUUUAACAAAACUUUGGCACCUGACUUUUCCACUGUUUCUAUCUAUAUCAGUUGAAUUAAUUAGAUAGUGGUUAAAAUCCAGGUUUUCCAGUGUACAGACAUAUGCUCUAAGUCCUUUUUUGUGGGUGACAAUUGAGCGAUUGCUAGCUGAUACUACUUGGAAGUUAUAGAUUAAAUUAGAACAAGAAAUUUUAAUCUAAUCUGGGCAGUCUCCUCAGGUUCAUUCCCAUGUAAAUCUGGACUUUGAGUCUAAAUCUGAAAAGCCACUUACUUGGGGAACCCUCCUUUGGAAACAGUGAUUGUGACUCAUAGACAUUUCUGUUCACUUUAGAAUGAAUUGCUCUGUCUGUAGGAGGGAUAUUACAUUGUUGGAUUGAAUGUAAACCUGGUUCUGAUUUAGGUUUUGAUUUAUGUCCUCACAUUUGAGAAACAGCUUCUAUGGCUUGACAUCAAAACUUAUUAAUGUCACCAACCUAAUAAUACAUAUGGUGCCAUGUAAGAAUGCUUAGCUGAGAAUAAGAAUGUAAUUGACUUUAAUUGUGGGACAAUGGCUUAUCAAGGUGAUCCCACCUGUUAGAGUCAGGGAUAUUUCCCUGACACUUGUGAUUUCAUCGGUUGUUUCUAUAGAAAGAUUAACAAUGACAACAGCAACAUCAGUAACAGAGAAACUGAUUUUUGAACUUGAGUAUAUCCUACAGACAAAAUAAAAGUUAUUAGAGUUCAUGGAAAAUUUGUUUUUCUUUUCUAUCAAUAAAAGAAUUUUCUUGUUAA